GAGAAACCCUAUCGACUCGGCGCAGCCACCACCGAAGCAGACUCCGGAGAGCGGGCAAGGCGGAGACCGAGAUGGCGCGCGGCGUGGCGGCGGCUACCAAGGGCGGCGCGGGCGCCGGGAAGAAGAAGGGGUCGGUCACCUUCGUGAUCGACUGCACCAAGCCCGUCGACGACAAGAUCAUGGAGAUCGCGUCGCUUGAGAAGUUCCUGCAGGAGCGCAUCAAGGUCGCCGGGGGCAAGGCCGGCAACCUCGGGGACUCCGUCACCGUCGCCCGCGACAAGAGCAAGGUCACCGUCACCUCCGACGGGGCCUUCUCCAAGAGGUACUUGAAGUACUUGACGAAGAAGUACCUGAAGAAGCACAACGUGCGUGACUGGCUUCGGGUGAUUUCAUCCAACAAGGACCGCAGCGUCUACGAGCUCCGGUACUUCAACAUUGCUGAGAACGAGGGCGAGGAGGAGGACUAGAUGUGCACUGCCUUGUUUCUGUGCCGUGUGAAACUUUGAACUUGUUGGAGCACUUCUGCAGUAGAGUUUUGAUGUUUAUGUUUUCACCCCUGUUUUGAAUUGUGGCCAGGACGCCAUGUGAUGGAUGCUUAGAUAACCAAGCUGAAGAAUUGUCCGUUCUUGUUCUUGUGGUUUAUAGAAAUGUUGGUGAGAGUAUGUGGGGCGUAGAAAUGUUGCAACAGGCACGGUUUCCUUCUCAA